AUGUCAAACAAUUCAAAGGACUACCAUGUCAAUACCCAAUUCAAAAUGGGGACCCCUACAAAUAGUAGCAACAGAAAUUAUGAAAGCGCUCCAAUUGCAGUGGCUAAAGCUACUCCAAGAAUGAUGGGUGCAAAACCAAAUAGUAAUAAUACCAAUAACAACAGCAGUAAUACUAUUCAAGAAAAUAAAGAUAGAUCGCCACCAUUGAUGCCCCCAGUCGAAAUCAAGAAUAGUAAUAAUAACACUAAUAAUAACAAUAAUAAUAACAACAAUAACAAUAACAACAAUAAUAACCAUAGCCAUAACCAUAGCAGUAGUGGCAGUUCAAACACUCCAUCAAGGCAAAAACAACAACAUCAAAAUAAAGAUCAAUCUCAAAGCAGGCAACAACAUCAACAGUUAAAACAAUUCCAUAGAAAAUCCUUGGGAGAUUGGAAUUUUUUGGAAACUGUAGGUGCUGGGUCCAUGGGGAAGGUUAAAUUAGCAAAACAUCAUAGAACUAAUGAAAUUUGUGCUAUCAAAAUUGUAAAUAGAGCAACAAAGGCUUUCUUGCAUAAAGAACAAUCUUUACCUGCCCCUGCAAAUGACCAAGAAAUAAUGGAAAGACAGAAAAAUCUGGAAAAGGAAAUAUCAAGAGAUAAAAGAACUAUAAGAGAAGCCUCUUUGGGCCAAAUCUUAUAUCAUCCCCAUAUUUGUCGUCUAUUUGAAAUGUGUACCAUGUCAAACCAUUUUUAUAUGCUUUUUGAAUACGUAUCAGGCGGUCAAUUAUUAGAUUAUAUCAUUCAACAUGGCUCUUUAAGAGAACAUCAUGCAAGAAGGUUUGCUAGAGGUAUAGCUUCUGCAUUACAAUAUUUGCAUGCUAAUAAUAUUGUUCAUAGAGAUUUAAAAAUAGAAAAUAUAAUGAUUUCAACGUCUGGUGAAAUCAAACUGAUAGAUUUCGGUUUAUCAAAUUUAUAUGAUAAUAGAAAACAAUUACAUACUUUCUGUGGUUCAUUAUAUUUUGCUGCUCCUGAACUACUUAAAGCAAACCCAUAUACAGGUCCAGAAGUAGAUGUUUGGUCUUUUGGUGUUGUAUUAUACGUUUUGGUAUGUGGUAAAGUUCCAUUUGAUGAUGAAAAUUCAAGUGUACUACAUGAGAAAAUUAAACAAGGUAAAGUUGAAUAUUCACAACACUUAUCAAUUGAAGUCAUUUCAUUAUUAUCCAAAAUGUUAGUUGUAGAUCCAAAAAGAAGAGCAUCUUUAAAGCAAGUGGUGGAUCAUCAUUGGAUGGUAAGAGGUUAUGAUACAGCUCCUCCUUCUUAUCUUCCUCUAAGGGUUCCCUUAACGAUAGAUGGACUAAACAUUAAUGUGAUAAAAGAAAUGUUCCGUUUAGAAUUCGUAGAUGAUGUGGAAGAGACUUAUAAUUAUUUGUCUAGGAUUAUUACUGGUGAAUCAUAUUUGGUAGCUUCAAACCAAUAUUGGUCUAAAAGAGCAAUUUAUGAAAAAGAACAUCAAAAUGAUUUCUCUCAAUUCAACGACCCUACAACAGCAUUCCAUCCAUUAAUAUCCAUAUACUAUUUGGUAGAUGAAAUGCUAAAGAAUAAAUUAAAGAAGCUUCAAAGAAAGCAGCAGUUAUUAAUGCAAAAACAGCAACAAGAACAAGAAGAACAAUUGAAAUUACAACAACAGUUACAAACUCAGAAAAGAUCACCUUCUCCUAUGGAUCAACAAAUAACAGAACCUCUUCAAAAACCUGUAAAACUUGAACCAAAACCGAUGAAUCAAAACGAUAUUCUAAAAGCUCAAACAAAUGCUCCAAACACAGUGUCACCAUCAAAAUUAAACGAACAGACAAGAAUAGAAGGUUAUGAAGUAGGAUCAAAGAAAGAACCAAAACCUCUUCAAUUAUUGAUCCCUCCAAAAUUGGUUGUACCAGAACAAGCACAUACUUCUCCAACUUCAAGAAAGAGUUCAGAACAACAAGGUGAAUUGGAUUAUGUUUUAUCUCCAAAACUUCCACAAGCUACAGAUUACCAACAACAUAGUAAUCAAGUCACUACUCCAUCAGACACUCAUGAAAAAUCUACAUUUGGUGAUAUAUUCAGAAGAUUAUCACAACGUAGUUCAAAUACCCAACAUCAAUCUCAGCAAUCUCCACAAACCCAAUCUUCAUCUCAACAACAAUCAUUUCAAACAAGUUCGAAUGUCAUUGGGGGAAGCAGACAGCCUGGUCAAAAAUCACAUUUACGUGCUUAUUCAGAACAUGUACCUUCUACCAUUAAAACAACUUCUUUUAGUAAUAAUAGACAGUUUUUUCCAACUCCAGCAGCUGAAGCAAAAUUGAAUGUCUCUUCACCACCUAAAAGGUCUGCUUCACAAAAGCAACCAUCUGAAUUACCAGCUUUACCAACUAACGCAGAACACUUAUUACAGCAACAACGUGCAAAAGAAAUCGAAAAUGAUAUGAAUAAUUUAAAACUAGAUCAAUUAAAUGUAGGAAAAGUUCGUGAUAACAAUGAACCUGAUGUUGAAGAUAUUAGUGGUGAAGAUGAAAAUGAUAGUUCUAAGCCAUUGCCCCAAUUAACUGUUCCUAAGGGUCGUAAAUUACAUCCAAGCGCUAGAGCUAAAUCUGUUGGUCACGCUCGUAGAGAAUCUUUGAAAUUCAUGAGACCUCCAGUCCCCACUUCGGCAUAUCAACAAGAAGCAGAUGGAACUGGUUUCUUGGAAACUGAUAGUAGAUAUAAUAAUCAAAAUAUCACAAUGGUCACAUCCAACCAAUCUGCUAAUUCCGGCAAUCAUUCAUUGCAAAUUACGAAGACUCCUUCUUAUAUUCGUGAGUUAACAGAUCAAGAAAUAUUAGAUGAAGCUGCAAAGGCUCCUCCAGGAUCAAUGCCUUCUAUUGAUUAUCCUCGUUCAUUAUUCUUGAAGGGUUUCUUUUCUGUUCAAACAACAUCUUCAAAGCCAUUACCAAUAGUAAGAUAUAAAAUAAUCUCUGUAUUGAGAAGAAUGAAUAUUGAUUUUAAGGAAGUUAGAGGUGGGUUUGUGUGUAUUCAAAGAGGUCAGGUCAUAAAUGAAGACUAUCAGGAAAUUGCACAAAUCCCAGGUACUAACUUCUCACAGGACCAUCAACAAGCUGUACAGAUGUUACAACCUCCUGCGGCUACUCAUAGAAGAGUGAUAUCGGGCACACCUCAAUUAUCAAUGAGACGUCAAAGUUCUAUUAAAUAUAAUCAGACUGGAAUUCCGGCAACUCCACUAGGUGUAAACAAUGAAGAGCAUGAAAGAAGUUUAUCAUCUACUCUUGUAGGAUCAAAUAUCAAUGGAGCUACUUCUAUUGGGACUUCUUCAACUAAUAACCAUAAUGAUAUCAUUUCUGAAGAAGCUUCCACUGCUUCGUUGGAUGAAAUCAAUAAUCAAGAAGAUAUUUUAACAACAUCAAAGGUCCAAGAUAUGAAUAAAAUUGAUUAUUAUAGAACACCAACCCUUGCACAACAACAACAACUACAGCAAAAUCCUCAAUCUCCAACUAAGAGUGAGAAUCGUGAAAGUCUUAAAGAAAGACCUCCAAUUAAAUUUGAAAUCCAUAUUGUUAAAGUUCGUAUAGUUGGGUUGGCCGGUGUACAUUUCAAGAAAGUUUCCGGUAAUACUUGGAUGUACAAAGAAUUGGCAUCGCAUAUUUUAUCUGAAUUAAAUCUAUAA